AUGAUUAAUAUAUCACGAUUAGCAGGGUAUAACAAACAGGAUCUCAAGAAUAUUUUCCUUUUAUUUCAAGAGUUUCUUAUAACGUAUAGAGAUAAUAAGGUCAAGCUAAAUUAUCAAUCACGACCAGUGAUUCUAUUUUUCAGCACCUUGAUUGCAACAGCCGGGUUUGGCUUAUAUUUCACUAUCAGAAAUGUUAUCACCAAGUACAAUGAAUUUUGUUUGAACAGGAAAUUGAGACGACCAAGUCUUAUUCGGCAAUCGUCAAAUAUCUUAAAGAAUGGGUCAAGGGAGAUAUUCAUUAGCAAGGGCAAGGACAGAGUCACAAGGAUAAUUAUCCCCAAGCCAAAUAAUGACCAAUAUGCCGCUGAUAAAUAUUUGUAUAAAGAUUUUGCUAGGAACCAGCGUUUUUUUCAACAACAAAAGGGGCUAGUGUUCAAUUCAAAGUUUCUCAACCAGUUGGCCAUUAUAUGGAGGAUUUUGAUACCCAAAUUUUACAGCAAAAAUACAUCUUUGCUUUUAUCACAAUGUUUCUUUCUUAUAUUUAGAACUUGGCUUUCUUUACUAGUGGCUAAAUUAGAUGGUCAAAUUGUGAAAAACUUGAUUGCAGCAAAUGGCAGAAAGUUUGCAAGAGAUUUGAUUUACUGGAUAUUGAUUGCUUUUCCAGCUUCUUAUACCAAUGCCGCAAUCAAGUAUUUAGACCAAAGGUUGGCCCUUGGUUUUAGAACUAACUUGACGAGGUAUAUCCAUGAUAUGUACCUAGAUCAAACCAUGGCUUAUUACAAGAUCGAAUUGAACAGUAGUAAUCUUCAAAAUAUUGAUCAGUAUAUUACAGAUGAUGUCACCAAAUUUUGCUCGUCGUUGUCCUCAUUAUUUUCCUCCAUGGGUAAACCAAUUAUUGAUAUGAUAUUCUUUUCGGUGUAUUUGCGAGACAAUUUGGGCACUGGUGCUAUGAUUGGUGUUUUUGCAAAUUAUCUUCUUACUGCAGUCAUGUUAAAGAAGGCCACCCCAUCUUUUGGUAAGUUGUCUGCACAAAGGACGCAUCUUGAAGGUGUUUACUUUAACCAACAAUUGAAUAUCAUGACAAAUUGUGAGGAAAUCGGUUUUUAUAAAGGGUCGUUGAAUGAAAAAUCAAGACUCAAAGAAAACUUCACAAAGUUGAUGAACCAUGUUAGCAAAGAGAUCAACACUAGUUUUCAGUAUUCAAUAGUUGAAGAUUAUGUAUUGAAAUAUACUUGGUCAGCUUGGGGUUAUAUCUUUUCUGGAUUGCCGAUAUUUUUGGAUCAAUUAUGGCCAGCCGAGGGCAAGAAGGAUGAAGCUGCGGAUUCCGACGAUUCCGUUAGUGAACGUAAAAAUAUGAGACAGUUUAUUACAAAUAAGAGAUUACUUUUGUCACUUGCAGAUGCUGGAUCUCGGUUGAUGUAUUCAAUUAAGGAUGUCAAUACCUUGACUGGUUAUACUGAUCGUGUAUUUGAUUUGUUAAUCCAGUUACAUAGAGUUCACUCACCUCGAUUUGAUUAUGGCGAUAAAAGGGGAAUUGCAGAUAUACAUGGAACAAUCCAAAAUAAUUAUGCUGAUGGGUUACGUUUUGAAGAUAUUCCUGUCAUUAUUCCAACACCAGAAGGAUCCGAGCAACACCCUUUGGUUGAGAAUUUGAACUUCCACCUUAAAAACAGGAACAUGUUGAUUUUAGGAUCAAACGGAUGCGGCAAGACUUCAAUUGCUCGAAUCAUUGCUGGGUUAUGGCCAUUAUACCGAGGACUUUUAUCGAAACCAAACGAUGAAGAUAUUUUCUACUUGCCCCAAAAGACAUAUUUCACUACUGGAAAUUUGCGAGAUCAAAUCAUAUACCCACAUACAUACGUUGAGAUGCUCGAAAUGGGGUAUAACGAUGAUUAUUUGUACCAUAUUCUACGUGAAGUCAAGUUGGAGUAUCUUUUGAAAAGAGAAGGUAAUUUCAAUGUUGUUAAAGACUGGAAAGAUGUUUUUAGUGGCGGUGAGAAACAAAGAAUGAGUAUUGCUAGAGUUUUGUUUAAACACCCUAAACUAGUUGUUUUGGAUGAAAGCACAAAUGCAGUAAGCACCGAUGUUGAAGAUUACUUGUUUGAACUAUUGCAAAAGAAGAAAAUUCCCUUUAUAACAUUGUCUCAUAGACCAUUACUAAUGAAAUAUCACGACUACAUAUUAGAAAUAGAAGAAGGAGGAAGUUGGAUAUUGCACGAUCUUACAAGUGAAGAAAACUUGGAAAGCAUAGAUAAUGAAAUUCACGAAAUUGAAGAUAAAAUCGCUCAAGUAUCGAAAUGGGAAAAGAGAAAAGAUGAUAUAAAUAAAUACUUGGAUGGACAUUUUGAUGAUAUUGAAAUGGAUAGUUCAAUUGUGUCGACAAUGCCAACAACGACAACAACGACAACAACAACAACAACAACAAAGUCAGUCCAAGCUGCGAAGUAA